CCCAACUCUUCAUUGUUCCAUUUUCCUAGCCACAAUAUUUGGAAAGAUAAAGCGAUCAUGAAGCCAGAACCUCUCUUUGGGUUUGCUGCCCUCAUCUUACCAGCCAGCUUCGGGGCCGCAUCAGAUUCAGCAAAAACAUUGUACGAUCAAAUCCACGAGAUAAAGCACAACACCUCCUUGCUCCAUGACACGAAAGCACCCGGUUGGGUCUCGGCACCCACCAUGAGGGGCACAACCAGCAUUUUGUGGAGCUGUUUGCUGACGCUUUUCGCCUGUGUCUACACGGCUCUCCACCUCAACAUCCCCGAGCGAGGCAUCACAAACGUUCAGCUUGUGGCUAAGAGGAUCAAGUGGAUGUUUAUUACCCUUUUGUUCCCCGAACUCGUUUUGUUUUACGCGUCUGCGCAGUGGUGGAAAGCCAAGAAGUUGGCUGCCGCCUUGAGCCUUGAGGAGAAACAACAGCUUCAAAUCAGCGGACCACCCCAACUCGGAACUUUUCACAAAGUCGUGAAUAAGAUGCUCAAGCAAAAUGUCACGAGAAGCACAGGCGACAUUGAGAAGAUUGGGAGUCAUGAGAGCUCCAGCUCAAGCACCAUUAAUGAUAAUUGCAUUUUCGACCUGAAAUAUGGGUUUUAUGUUUUGAUGGGAGGGAUCGAAGCUGAACUGGACGGAAAGACAGUCAUCUUGUCCCAUCAUGGCGCGCUGCUUCUAGCCCAGAAGGAUAUCAAGCCCUUCAGAAUACCAAGAUCCACCAUCUUGGACCAAACAAAAGCCGACGUGCUGCAAAAGCUGUUGGUCAUUGUACAGGUCAGCUGGAUGGUCAUUGAGUGUGUAUCCCGCAAGGCAUACGGCUUGCCUAUAAGUCUCCUGGAGCUGCACACCAUGGUACAUGUCGCGUGUGCUAUCAUGUUAUACUUUUUCUGGUUCGAGAAACCAUUUGAUAUCAGAGGGUCUCGCAAACUUGAGCAUCCUAAUGUUGACCUCUUGAGCGCUGAUGCCCGGCUUGGGCAUGUGUACAAAAGCCACGGUAAUCUUGCGAACUUUUCUAGCUCUGCUUUGCGCAGUCUUGAGCAGGAUCAUAAGGGAGGCUCUCACGAUUACACCUUCUCCCACCUUUUGGAACACCUCAAAGGAAGGGUGUAUCUGUUUCUCGUGCUGACACUUGUACCGGCGAUUUAUGGCAGCAUCCACUUGCUGGCUUGGGACUUUAUCUUUCCAACUCAAAUCGAGGCUCUAUUAUGGAAGGUUUCUUCACUCGCCAUGGUUCUCACAAUGCCGGCAUGCAUUGCUGGGCAGCUUCUUAUGACCGCCGUGGGACAGCUUUUUGAAGCGUUCGAGAACAUCACAGUUCGAAACGACGUUCGUGACAAGCUGCUGGUCAUGGUAAUGCUCGUCCUGGAAGUGUUGCUAUAUGGUACUUUAGGUGCGGGAAUUCUGUGUUUGACUGGGGCUCGGCUGUAUAUUGUGGUGGAAUCCUUCGUCAGUCUGAGAGCCGUACCACUGGGAGUUUACUACACACCGUCAUGGAUUCAGAUGAUACCACACUUCUAA